AUGGUCGACGUUCUCGACGUAAAGUACGACCCCGAGGCGGCUAUCAACGAGGAGGAGAUUAAGAAGUGCGACAUCUCCCACAAGGAGACCGCCUCUGUCGCCCCUUACAUCUAUGUCCCCAACACGCCCGAGGAGGCCAAGCUCAUCCGCAAGAUCGAUGCGCACCUGUUCCCCAUGCUCUGGCUCAUGUUCCUUAUGAACUACCUCGACCGCACGAACAUUGGAAACGCCAAAGUCGGCGGUAUGGAGAAGGACCUCAAGCUUUCGUCCUCUGACUACUCUCUCGUUCUCUCGAUUUUCUUCGUUGGUUACCUGCUCUGGGAGGUGCCUUCCAACAUGAUGCUCACGCGCUCGACUCCGCGUAUUUUUAUUCCGACGCUUAUGCUCGUCUGGGGUGCCAUCUCGAUCGCUGUUGUCGGAGUCCACAACCUCGGUGGCAUGGUCGCUUUCCGCUUCGUCCUCGGCCUCGUCGAGGCUGGUUUCUUCCCCGGUAUCAUGCUCGUUAUUUCCUGCUGGUACAAGCCCCAGGAGAUGGCCAAGCGUGUUGCGAUUCUCUACUCUUCGACCAUGAUGGCCGGUGCCUUCGGUGGUCUUCUCGCCGGUGGUAUCAUUGAGGGCCUCGAGGGCGUCCGUGGCAUCCGCGGCUGGCGCUGGCUCUUCAUCAUUGAGGGUAUCAUGACCUGCGUCAUCGCUCUCGCCGCCUACUUUGUCCUUCCCAACUACCCUCAGACCACCAAGUGGCUUUCGCAGGACGAGAAGCGCCUCGCCCUCGCUCGUCUUCUCGCCGCCGACUCGGAUGUUGACGUCGACGCCGAGGUCGAGCACAUGGGUCACUGGGACGCCUUCAAGCUCGCCGUCAAGGACCCCAAGACCUGGGUCUUCCUCGUUAUUUACAACUGUCUUUCGUCUGUCGGCACCAUCUCCUACUUCUUCCCCUCGCUUCUCGAGACCAUGGGUUACUCUGGCCGCACUCUCCAGUUCAUGACCGUUCCCAUCUACGCCGUCUCCAUGAUUGUCGGCUGCUCUGCCGGAUUCUUCGCCGACCGUACCGGCAUGAAGGCCUACACCAUCUGUGGCGGUGCCGUUCUCUCGGUCAUCUCGUUCAUCAUCUGUGUCACCGUCGGCGAGCCCAAGGUCCGCUACGCCUUCAUCUGCUUCGGUGCCGCGGGCAUCUGGACCAACAUUCCCAUCUUCCUGUCGUGGAUGGCCACGAUGUUCGACGGCAAGGAGAAGCGCGCCAUCUCCAUCGCCCUCGUCAACGGCUUCGGAAACCUUGCCUCUGUCUACGGAUCGUUCUUCUGGCCCAAGAGCAGCGCUCCGCAGUUCGUGCCUGGCUUCGCCGUGACAACGGCUUUGUGCGGCUUUGGAGGCAUCAUCUGUGCUCUCGCGAAGUGGAAGUACGGCGACAAGGGUGUCGAGCGUACUUCGUAA